GGUCCGCAACCGCGAUAUGGACAAAGCGCAGCUGGCUCUUCUUAUCCUCGCGCUCGUCGCAGUAGCCGGGACCCACGGGUGGCGCGUCAAGGGUGGACGCAAGGAGGGAGCGCCGGCUAUCCGGCUGACCGCCGUGACACCACCCGUCAUCCACGGCGAAGGACCGCACUACGACGACGAGAGCGCCGCCCUCUACUACGUCGACAUCAUGGGCAACUACGUCAACAGAUUCGACACCACCACCAACGUCACAACGAAAGUACAGCUGCCGACGAACGUGACACUGGUGGUCCCAGUGAAGAACACCAACAAUCAGUUUGUGGUGGGCAUCGGGCGCAAUCUGUCGCUACUGACGUGGGACGGUCAGGAUGGCACGUACUCCAGUCUGGAAACCAUCGUCAGUGUUGAGAGCGACAAGCCAGACAAUCGCUUCAAUGACGGGAAAGCGGACAGCACUGGUCGCCUGCUUGCCGGGACCAUGGGCAAAGAGCUGGGCGUCGGUCUUGUGGAUCCAUACCAGGGAACUCUGUACAAACUAGACGCUGGAUCUAGUAACGCAGUUGUCGUUGCUUCGCCAGUGAGCAUCUCCAAUGGUAUCGCCUGGACAGAUGACGAGAGGACUAUGUACUAUAUUGAUUCAGGAGCCUCCAAUGUCGUCUCUUUCAACUACAAUUUGACUGACGGAACCUUUAUGGGGGUAAACAAAACUGUUUUCCAGUUGAAUUCCACUGGAACAGGUGAGCUUCCUGACGGAAUGACAAUAGACAACAAAGGAAAUCUCUGGAUAGCUGUCUUCAAAGGAGGAAGGGUGAUCAACGUGGACCCGCGCAGUGGAGCAAUUCUGCAGGAGCUAAACAUGCCGGCAUUGCUGGUGACGUCUGUGGCGUGGGGCGGCCCCGAUCUGUCGGACCUGUACGUGACGACUUCGCGCAUGGGGCUGACCCAGGAGCAGCUGCAGCAGACGCCUCUAGCCGGCUGCGUCAUCCGUGUAACUGGGCUCGGCGUCAGCGGCAAGAAGGCCAACCGCGUUGCCAGCCCUCAUCUUCAAUAAAGCGCUUAUAAAACGUUAA